AGAAGAGACGACCAACAUAUUUGUUUGUAUCCGGGGGCGAUACUGUAAACCCGAAUGAUCGGAAAGCAGUUUCAGUAACCUCUAUAUUCAAACCAUUCAGAACAUUUUCUGUGAAAUCUGCUCUGCAGGGAUCGUUUUCAUACGGUGUCCUCAAGGCGACGGGACAAUGUCAGAAGCCCUCUUCCUCACAUUCCAGUCUCAGCUCUCCGUUGUCAUGGAGACCGUCCUCAAAUCAGCCAUGUUUGAGAUAACCAGGCUGGUGGAGGACAGCUUCCUGGAGGAAGUGGGUCAUCGUAAACAAGAGGUGGAAGUGUUGAGGCGGAGGCUGCAGUUGUCUGAGAGCAAACUGAGACAGAAAGAAUAUGAACAGGGGAGGAAAAUACAUUGCCUAGACUGUGGAUGUUGCCGAAAGGGAGCCAGCAGCAACAAAGACACCCAGUCUGUGGAGACGAUCCAUGGCCCAAGCCUGAGAGACCCGUCAACCAAUGAGCCUCCGUUGACCCAACCCGUGCUGAGACAGCAGACUAGACUUCAACCAGAGUCUAAAAUACACACUGCACACUCACAUUCUAAAGACAAGCAUGAAGUACACAGGCAGAGUGUGACAGAUAUCACCACACCUAACUCCAAUAUACAGAUUCCUCAGGACGUUCUGCAAAGACUUCUGGGUAACGCACCAGUUCAGAGUGAGUCCACUAGUGAGGCUAAACCAAGAGUGAGAGACAAAUCUGAAAAAGACUGUACACUUGAUAAGGACAUGAGCUCAAAUCACUCAAGACUGUUACACGGUCCUUUGGCUCAGGAGGCUUUGGAACCAUCUUCGCCAAAGAAAAUAAAAUCAGAGACAGAACCGAAACUUCUCCCUGUCAAGGAAGAGGAAGAGAUGGUUCCGGUGUGGGAAGGCGUCAACAGGGAUGAUGUUUGCCAUGGAGAAAUGGCUGAUCCGAGUCACGGAGAGCUCAGUGGAUCUUGUGAUCAGGAGGAGAUACAGGUAGACAGCUUUCCAGAUCUAAACUCUCUCGACAUGCCAGAUGCCACCUCAUUUUUCACACCCUAUUCAGUCAACACAUUGGUACAUCAAGGUAUUAGGGCACAACAUAGUCACUUAAGCACAACAGAGCUGGGGCUAUCCAGCAUACCAGUGAGUUCAAAUUUGUUUGUCCAACAAGAAAAUGGACCAAAUUUUACAAGGCCAGAUGUAUCUGAAAGUUCUGCCUUUUACUCUCACAGUGUUGUUUGUCCGGGCGAGAAAAUAAUCAGCCGUGCGCAAUACCCAAGGCAUUUCUCCCAGGACAAACGCAGGAUGCCCGCAGAACAAAUCCAUGCAGAAAGAUCUCACCAUUGCACCCACUGUGGGAGAACUUUUGUCAGAGCAUGUGACCUCAGGGCUCAUUUGUUGAUCCACAAAGGCAAGAAACCGUUGAACUGUCCUCAGUGCGAUCAGACGUUUGCUUACAACUUUGAGUUAAGGGUUCACCAGCAGCAUCACUCUGGGGAGAGACCUCACAUCUGUCCGCACUGAGGCAAGGCCUUCGCUCGGCUUAGCAACUUCAGGCAGCACCAGAACAUCCACACGCGGGAGAAACUCUUCAGCUGCACUCAGUGUGGGAUGAGGUUCAACCGUGCCACCAACCUGCGAGUUCACAUCAGAAGACACAGCCAUGCAGGGAAGACUUACAAUUGCCCUCAGUGCGGAAAGAGCUUUCUGGGUCCCAGGCAAAUGAAAACUCAUUUACUGAAAAUCCACGGAAGAGGAGGGAAGUAAUUCUAGCUGUUUUACACAAAACACUCGGCUUUUAUGACUUCAUUCAAUUUUAAAUUCUCUUUUAACUGAUUCUCAAUUAGUCUAAUGUUUACAUAUUAAAAUGAUCUGCUCUGUUCGAGAAUAUAAAAAAUUGAUCUUCGAGAAUGGACACUCAUUUUUGGUUUCUUAAAUGCGGGGACAUUGUUACACAUUGAUUCUGAAUGAUCAGAGCUCUAGGUCAGCCAAACUGCUCGUGGUAUCAGACACAAUAUCAGCGGUUAGAGCUCUAGAAGAUGGAACAUUCUUGCAAGCUAAGAAGACCGCUGUCUGACCCUGACAACUCUUUCACAAUCAUUGACACAAAAACAACACCUGGAAGUCUUAUGCAUGGGAAUCGUCUUUUAAGAAUACCUGUUGUGCAGAAAAAUAAGUCAACACUCUUUAAAGUUAAAGGAAUAGCUCACCCGAAAAUGAAAAUUCUCAUAAUUUACUUACCCUCAUGCCAUUCCAGAUGUACAUGACUUCCUAUACUUAGUUAAACACCAAUCGUUUGUAUGUAAUUUUAAACCAAUAUUUUAAACUUAUUAAGUGACACAGAAACAAGUACAUCCAAGUUCAAAUAUGGCGACACAUUCAUAACUUCAGAAUCUCAUUGGUUCUUGUUUGACCCGUGAUGAAAUAUCAUGACAGUUAUUAUAUUAAUAUAUUUUUAGCAGCGGUGUAAAUUACUUGAGAUAAUCUCAAGGAUCAGAGUGUUUUCACUUUGGAAAGAUUUAAAUUCCAUACAUUAUAAAGCAUAGCGUAUAUCAUACCUUUUACUCGACUGCAUUUGAUAAACACUUGUCAAUUUUUACAUUAAAAAAGUGCAUUAAAAUCAGAGUACUUUCUUACUUUUACUCAAGUAAUUGUACUCAAAAGUUGUUUUAUUUGAGUAAAAGUAGAUUUAGAAAAUUGUUAAUGUACUUAAGUGUUAAAUGUAAAAAAACCAAAAAAAUGUAUUUUAUGAAAUGAAGUGGAGUAAAAAGUACAAUAUAUGCUUUAUAAUGUAGUGAAGUAAAAUUUUCCCAAAGUAAAAACACACUGAUAAAAAUACUUGAUAAUUGUACUUGAGUAAAAAUACUCAGGUACGUUACACCUCUGAUAUUUAGUACUCUGAUGUGCUUCUUUUGGUUUCAAAAUGGAUAAAUAGCUCAAUUGUUUCUCUCACACACACCUAUUGUUUUGCUUCAUAAGAAAUUUAUUAACCCUCUGAUGUUAUUUGUAUUUCUUUACAGAUGGACGGAUGUGCUUUUAAGUCCGAUGUGAACAUGACAUGUCGGCAUUUUAUAAUAAAAGUAUUUGUUUGUGUUUAAAUAAAAGAAAUCUUAUACAUUUGGAAUGGCAAUUGGAAUUUAUACAAUUGGAAUACCUGAGUUUUCAAUACACAUGGCCUGCAUUUACUAGCUGAGGUGAUUGAUUUACUUCAUCAGGAAUAUUUUUUUGUGGUAUUAUCAAUGUAGUGUAAAAUUCUGUAUUUAAUGUUGUUAUGUAUUCCCUUCAACAACAGCGUUGACCUAUUUUCUGAAGUAAAAAUGCAUUUAUAAAGCAAGUCAUUUUUUCCCUUUAUCUAUGGCACAGAAAUUGAUUGUGAAAGGAAUAGUUCACGAUGUUUGCAGUGGAAUUGUGUCUAUAACCCUUUAGAAUUCUUUUGAAUAUAAAGUUUCAUCAAAAACGUAUCCUGACCAUAGGUUGUGAUUUGGCUCUGUUGACAAAAUUCAAGGUGUAAAAACCAUUUAGUUUAAUGACUGCUACCAUGACCCACUGGCAUUUCAAUCCAUUUUCAUUAUAAAACUGCUUUAUGUCAUUCCUAAAAAGUAAUCUACCCCAAAUUCUCCAUUCUAAAUGUAAUUUACUUUAGUCAAUGUCCUGUUCAGUGUUUUUUGAUGUUGGAUAGUGCCAUUCCCUUAAGAUUCUUACAUAAUCUGCUGUUUCUCGUGGAAAGGAACAGACUUAAUUUAUUUCCUAAAUAAAGUUUAUUAUCUGAUGGAUUUGUUUGCUUUUUUUCUCAGCAAAUGGUGGACUUUAAAUGACUGACAUGUUUAUUUGGAUAAUUUGAUUAGAACGUUACUUGAGAUUAAAAAUACAUAUUUAUAUUUCAAGAUCAAACUAAUGCAUAAGUUCCUGCAUGAAUUUGUAUUAGAAUUUAUAGGUUUUUAAAUGUAAUGUUCACAUAAAAAACACUGCAUGUGAAUAUAGUUUAAUGGACAAUAUAUCUGUUUAAAAAAGGACAUCACACUCGUGAUGGUGUACAUUGCAUUCAUUUGGGUAAAAUGUAAUACCACUAAUACACAUUUUAAUGCCUCUAAAACUUGAUAAAUGCUUAUGAAAUAUGAAUAUUAUAAA